AGGCAGCCCUGAACAGGGAAAAAACUUCAGUCCCCCUUCCGAAAGGCGCUGGAAAUUUCCUCUGGCAAACAGUUUGCGUGCGAAAAAAGAAAAACACAUAUUAAGCUGGACAGAACAGGCUUGCUUUUGUUGAAUCGGCUUCCCGUGUGCUCCUGGAUCCUCUUGACGUGACGUGCCUGCAGCAAGAAUAGGGUGUUUUAAUGGUGCAUCUUACUGGAAGAGGAUGGGUGCCAACAUUUCCCAACUCGAGCGUGACAUCGGGUCAGACCAGUUCCCUCCGAACGAGCAUUACUUCGGACUGGUCAAUUUCGGCAACACCUGCUACAGCAACUCGGUCCUGCAGGCGCUCUACUUCUGCCGCCCGUUCCGGGAGAAGGUGCUAGAGUACAAGGCAAAAAACCGGCGCACGAAGGAGACGCUCCUCUCCUGCCUGGCCGACCUGUUCUACAGUAUCGCGACGCAGAAGAAGAAGGUCGGCUCGAUAGCGCCGAAAAAGUUCAUCGCCCGGCUGCGCAAGGAGAAGGAAGAGUUCGACAACUACAUGCAGCAGGAUGCGCACGAGUUCCUUAACUUUCUCAUCAACCACAUCAACGAAAUUAUACUCGCGGAACGCAACCAGGCCAAGGCAGGGGGUGGUAGCGGUAGCGGUGGUGGCAGUGCCGGCGGCAAAGGCAGCAGUGGCAACGGAAUGGCGAACGGCACUGGCACAGCGGCGAACGGGCCGGACCUGAACGGUGGCCUCAACGGGGGCAAUGGCGGCAGCAGCAGCAACAGUGGCAACACCGAACCGACCUGGGUGCACGAAAUCUUCCAGGGCAUACUGACGAGCGAGACGCGCUGCCUCAACUGCGAAACGGUCAGCAGCAAGGAUGAGAACUUUUUCGACCUCCAGGUGGACGUGGACCAGAACACCAGCAUCACGCACUGCUUGCGCUGCUUCAGCAACACUGAGACGCUGUGCAGCGAUAACAAAUUCAAAUGUGAUAACUGCUGCAGCUACCAGGAGGCGCAGAAGCGAAUGCGCGUGAAGAAGCUGCCGAUGAUACUGGCCCUCCAUCUGAAGCGGUUCAAGUACAUGGAGCAGUACAACCGGCACAUCAAGGUUUCGCACCGGGUCGUGUUCCCGCUCGAGCUGCGAUUGUUCAAUACGUCCGACGAUGCGGUCAAUCCGGACCGGCUGUACGAUCUGAUGGCGGUGGUCAUACACUGCGGCUCGGGCCCCAACCGUGGCCAUUACAUUAGCAUCGUCAAAAGUCACGGUUUCUGGCUGUUGUUUGACGACGAUAUGGUUGAUAAAAUUGAAGCUUCCACCAUCGAGGACUUUUACGGGUUGACAUCGGACAUACAAAAGUCUUCGGAAACGGGUUACAUUCUGUUCUACCAGUCGCGGGAUUGUGCGUAGAAAAAGCCAGCCGUUUGCUGCUCACAGUUUGUGGCAGCUCCUUGGUAACCGUUGGUAACAUGCCCCCUUGGUAUUAGCAUGCCGGACGGUUUGCGCGAGCAUGUGGAGCGCGAACGCUUUCACACGCAGCAGUUAGUGGUUAUGUUAGUGAAUUUAAUUUUGUUUAUUUAUUUAUUGUGUAGCAGAUGUGUAAUAUAUCAUUAUAUUAUGUAGUAUCGAGCACGGGCAAGCGAAGGCGAAAGAGAAUGUACAAAGCUGUGGGGAAAGGUAGAGAAGGCGGAGCGUAUCGAGGAGACAGUGCGCUUGCGGCUUCUCUUUGCGCAUCGUCGGCCCGGGCUUCGGAGCGCUUAACGUUUCGCUCAGUUGUAUGAAUUUUAAUGUGAUUCUUAUUGUUAUUGCUUAACGGGAAAGGAGAGGAAUUUAGCAAGUAGGACGCAAGAGCAAGCUCUAUUCUUUCUGUGUAGGGAGGAGGCCCGUACAAUACGAGCGUAGUAAUCAAACCUAUUCUUUUUGCGCUACAGGACAGCGCGGAACGAUGGCUCAGCCAUCGAAGGAAUCGCUGGGUUUUGUUUUUCCGUAAACAAUCAAGUUUAACUCGUUUCUGGGACCAUGGUUGUCAUGGUAACUGUGUGAAAACAAGGCCAUCCUCAGCAGCUGUAGCGCCUGAACCGUGUUAAGAGAAGGAUAAGCAGCACACAGGAGAGUGUAGCAUCGAUUUGGAAUCGAGCAAAAAUACAUUACUACCAAACAUGAUACAUUUUCUUUACACUAAGGCACCGUUAGAUGAAGACGAAGACGAAGAAGAGAAGGAGAAAGCUGCAGGAAGGGAAAACUCCACUUCGAACUAGAAACUCUGUGCAGAGAAGGUGAAGAAGGAAUGAUGCGCAUCUUGCCUAGUGGACGAGGGGAGAAGAAACAGUUCCACCAAGAGUGGAAAAUGCCAAUAAUGAUAGGAACACUUCUAAUAAAAUGGUAACAAAUACCAACCAACUGUUCAAAUAAUGUACUUGGCCUUAUCUUUCGUACAAGGGAUCCGAACAAUCGUUAAAACUCAAAUAAAAGGUACGAGAUUAUCCUUUCUCCUCGCACCACCAACGAACACUUUCUCACAAUAAGGAUCAAAAACAAAUAACCGAUGGUCGAGAGGGGUUCAGGUUUUCAUCACGUACUUUGUAUUAUGGAUGUAAUUCAUAAAAAUUAUUUUGUUUUUACUUCUGCUGCUGCAGCUAUCGAACCGCAGCAAACCAGUACAACACAAAGGACCGUG